UAAGUCCGUUCAAUAAUGUCCAACGAGGGUGAAAAUUGUGAAGGGCCGGGUGAAAAUGGGAAAAAGGGCCUCGCGUCCGUGCCCCUUUUCGAGGCGGAAAUUUCACAACUGUUAAAAAAGGUGAACAAAUUUGAAGAAGACGCGAACGUCAACGAGGACCGGGUCGGACGUCUUAUGGCAGCCGAGAACACCGUGGUAAUGCGCGACAAGAGCAGACGAUCUAGUUCUUUCAACUACGAUUUCAUCACACCGGCGCCUUUUAGAAAUAGUUUAAACAUUUCCGUUUUACAUCGCGAUGAAAAUGCAAGACGCGGUUCCGUUUCAGACCGAAUUUCCUCCAUGUAUUUAGAAACGGAUACACCGUUACAUGGCGAUAGUGCGAAAAGAACCAUUCUGCCUGAUAACUGGUGGAGACACGACAGAAAUAAACGGCAAUCUGAUUCUAUAGCCUUUACCGCACAAAUGGAUAAACUGCGAGCUCUUCACAGCUCUACACAGAUUUCACCUAAACCGUUUUACUUAGGUCGUUCUAACUACUCUGAGUGUAACAAAGCAGACUCAUAUCCAAGAGAUGCCGAAAAGGAAAAAUGGUCAAAGCUGAAAAGACCUUCUCACUACGAAAAAGGAAAUAACGCGUUUCGAGAUGAAACACGGAAGAGGAACGAUUUUACAAAUGCUCGUCAGCGCGAACUUGAAAUGCUAGAUGCACCAGUCCAGUCUGAAAAGAAUAACCCACCCGUUGAAAUAGAAGUCACAGUCGGGACAAAGGACAAAAACGACUCUGCCAGCACAUCUUCGAAAGGAUACAGUUUCGAAGCCUCUUUGUCGAAAUCCGAAAAGGGGAUUGUUAAAGGAAAAUGUAUAAUCGAUAAUCCGACAAUCUCAUGGGUGGAAAUCUCCAAAGAAAGAAAUACGAUACAAGCAAAAGUUGUUAUGUCGGAAAUCAGAGAUACGGGGGUCAAAGUACAAGAAGUGGACAAUGGUCAACUGUGCCUGUCAUGCGAUAAAUGCCAAGGGUUUGAAGCACAUCUGUGGAGAAACGGCUGCCGUUCGAAAAUGAGGAGAAAAGCGUCGAGUUUCGCAAGCCGUGAAAGAAAUAAGAACGUUUGCGCUUUGCAAAGAAGGUCCACCAACUUGCCGGACAAAAGCGUCGCCCCUCUCGACCGUUUCAAACUGGCGCACAUGAAGACAUGCAACAGCUGCAAGUGCCCGAGGGAGACGCACGAUGUUUAUCAUGAGGAGUGGGUGAACGUGCGUGAGAGGCUCGGCUUGGGUUCCGACGAAAAAAAGGACAAAUGGACAUCGAGAGAUAGAAUGAUUAGCCAAGGUUUAGCUUGGGCGCCGCCUGGUCUUCCUCCUUACAAGGUCGAUCAAUACUUCAAAUGCCUUCCUUCUGAUAAAGUGCCCAAGCUCGGUAGUCCAGGAGAAAAAUACAGGGAGAAGCAACUUAUGAUACAACUCCCAAAACAGGAUCUCGCUCUGGCGUACUGCAGGCAUGUCGAUCCUACUCAGCACACAAGCUACGACGAUUUCAUCACUGCGAGAAAUGAAAUAGCACUGGAUAUAGCGUAUGCCAAGGAGUGUACGGCACGAGUCAUUUGCCCUGAGUGUAAAUUGCCGGUAAACCCGAACGAAGUGGGCGUUUUGGCGCCGAAAUUCGGUGAUAGCGUUUUGUGGCAUCCGGCGUGCUUCGUAUGCUCUCUGUGCAAACAGCUUCUAGUUGACCUCACUUAUUGUGUUCACGACGAUUGCCUUUUCUGCGAGAGACACUACGCCGAACAGCUGAAGCCGAGGUGCUCUGCGUGUGACGAGUUGAUUUUUAGCGGAGAAUACACAAAGGCGAUGUCGAAGGACUGGCAUUCUGGCCACUUUUGUUGCUGGCAGUGUGACGAAUCGCUGACAGGACAACGUUACGUACUCAGGGACGAUCAUCCUUACUGCAUCAAAUGCUACGAGUCCGUCUUUGCUAACUCCUGCGACGAAUGCAACAAGACCAUUGGUAUCGAUUCGAAAGAUUUGUCCUACAAAGACAAGCACUGGCACGAGGCGUGCUUCUUCUGCAACAAGUGUCGCGUAUCACUUGUCGACAAGCAGUUCGGUAGCAAAGCGGACAAAAUCUACUGCGGCAACUGUUACGACGCCCAAUUCGCUUCGAGGUGCGACGGAUGCGGACAGAUAUUCCGUGCAGGAACAAAAAAGAUGGAAUACAAGACAAGACAGUGGCACGAACAGUGUUUCUGCUGCUGUGUCUGCAAAACGGCCAUCGGCACGAAGAGUUUCAUACCGAGGGAGCAGGAAAUCUACUGUGCUACGUGCUAUGAAGAAAAAUUCGCUACACGAUGUGUUAAAUGCAAUAAGAUUAUUACAAGUGGUGGUGUGACAUAUAGGAAAGAACCAUGGCACAGGGAAUGUUUCACAUGCACACACUGCAACACGUGUCUUUCUGGACAGCGGUUCACUUCCAGAGAUGAAAAACCGUACUGUGCCGAUUGCUUCGGAGAACUUUUUGCAAAGAGAUGCACUUCUUGUUGUAAACCGAUUACAGGCAUUGGAGGAACAAGAUUCAUCUCUUUUGAAGAUCGACAUUGGCACAAUGACUGUUUCGUCUGCGCUUCUUGCAAGUCGUCGCUUGUAGGCAAGGGUUUCAUCACCGACGCUGACGACAUCGUAUGCACCGAAUGUGCAAAAGAGAAACUAAUGUAAAGCUUAACAGAAAAUUAUUUUAAAACUGUAGUUGCCAAGCCAACUGCAAUUUUUUUUUAAAAUGUAACAAUUGUAUCCAAAAUUAAAAAAAGAGCAACAUUAUUUUUGAUUUUGUUGUAAUCUUCUGUGAUUAGAAUCCUGUUUUUAUCAUAGUCGAUCGCUUGAAUGUUUUAAUUUUCUGCUCUCUUUCUAUUUAUUUUUCGCCUUCCUUCUAUAUGUGAAAGUCAAACUUGUAACUCCUCUAAUUUUUUUUUGCAUUAGUUAAUCUGUCAAGAAAUGUUUAAUCUGUACAGAUUUCGGUAACUCAACUGUUAAUCACUUGUAUUUUAUAAACAUGUAAACCUUAAAAUACAUAGAAGCCUUUGUUCAGUUUGUAAAGCGUUAAUCAUUUCGCUUAUUUAUAACAUGAUACGAUUCUGACAAAAAAAACCAUUGUCAAUUUUAUCAAAAGUAGCCUUUAAAACACUGCUUUGCAUUAUGUAAUUUAUAAUGUCGAUUGUACAUCUUAGCUUUUUGGUAGGAAAUAUAAGUGAUCACAAUUUUAUUUAAA